UGGUUUCCUCGCGGAUGAAUGAGGGAUGAGAGUGCUUCACGGGGAACAGAUAGUUCGGGAGGAGACACGACAGUGAGAGAACCGAACCGACCCGACCCGACCCGUUCGUGUGAGCGCAAGGCGCACGGGACGCCGGAGCGAUGGAUGAGCGCGCGCGAGGAAUCUCAGAUGUCCUGUGGACUGAUGCCCGCACCCUCCGUGACCUCAAUCCCACUCUACCCGCUUGAAUUGCCUUUCCUUGCUCACGUAAAAACUGUAGCUCCUUCAACGCUAGCACGCCACUCUAUUCCGAUUCGCUGGCAUCCUCUCUGUCGCCUGGUUCCCCUCUCCAUGGCCAGCUUUCUAAGCUCCGUGCUCUUCCUGGUGCUCCGGACGUACGCCGCCCCACCAGAGUACAUCCAGGUGUGGGCCAGCGGGACGACGCCGAGCCCUGGAGAGUUUGGCAAUGAGACGGUCACACCGUCUCUGGUUCCCCCUCCAGGAACGAGCAAGCACACCCCUGACAGCAUCAUCAUCGGCGUUCGUAAAGGAGGCACUCGAGCGCUGCUGGAGAUGCUGGAUAUUCAUCCUGAAGUGGCGGCUGCCGCCACCGAGGUUCACUUCUUCGAUUGGGAUGAGAACUACGGCAAAGGAUUUGAGUGGUACCGGGAGCAGAUGCCGUACUCGUACCCUCAUCAGAUCACCGUGGAGAAGACGCCGGGGUACUUCACGUCUCCGUUGGCGCCUGCACGGAUACACGCCAUGAACUCUUCCAUCAAACUCCUGUUGAUCUUGCGGGACCCAACGGAAAGAGUCAUCUCGGACUACACGCAGGUCUACUUCAACCGUCUGGAGAACCACAAGCCCGUGCAUGCCAUCGAGCACAUGCUGGUGAAGAACGGCGCGUUAAACACUCGCUACAAGGCGAUCCAGCGCAGUCUUUACGACGUCCACAUGAGGAACUGGCUCCAACACUUUCCCCUGGAGCAGAUUCACAUUGUGGACGGGGACACUCUGAUUCGUGACCCUCUACUGGAGCUCCAGAGGGUCGAACGGUUCCUGGAUCUGCCACCUCGGAUCGUGGCGUCCAACUUCUACUUUAACCAGACCAAAGGCUUCUACUGCAUCCGCAGUGACGGCCAGGAGAGAUGCCUGCAUGAGUCUAAAGGACGUCCGCACCCUCCCGUCAACCGCAGCGUGCUGCGACAGCUGCGCUCAUACUUGCGGCAACACAAUCUGAACUUCUACCGACUUAUAGGACGUUCCUUUAACUGGCACUAGUGGGCGGGACCUUUAAGAACGCUCUUCACAACCAUUGACAGUGAUGUUGAGAACAGGGGCUGAUGGACGGAUCUUUUCAAGCCAUUCCCCCAUCGACACUUCUCCUAAAUGCCUUCGAGAUGCUCCCGAGUCUUUCAUGACUUUCAAAUUGUAACAGUUCAGAUGAUAUUGAAACCGAAAGAUCUUUGCCGUCAAUUGUCUUUGUUGUAACAAAGUUACCCGAGACCGAUUGUAACACAU